AAAAGGCGACAGACCAAUCCCUUGACGGUGCCUUCCUCUUCUGUGGUCGUGGCUUUGGAUGGACUCGCCACGACAGAGAAGCCCUGAUCUAGGAAUUCUUUGAGCUCUUGGGCUGUCUUUGCGGGAUCACUUGACUCGCUGGACGCAUUGUGCAUUGGAAAGCGACUAGAGAGCUCAAACAUGGGAUUCCGCUCAACCUUUGGCUUGACGUCCUUGUCCUUUUUGAAUACUGGUAUCGCCUUUCGUCCACCUGCUUCUCUAUCCGCCGGCGUCUCUCCAACACGCGGUACACGGAUAGGCACGGCUGCUGGCUUCGAAUCAGUCACCUUCUUUUUGAACGAUGGCAAGGGCCCAGAGACACUGCGAGGACCAGGAAGGACAUCGAUGGGCGGGAAACUAGAGGGACUCGGGCCUGACGUAGGUUUCACCUUGUCUAUUGUAUUCACCGGCGCAUGACCCGCGCGAAACGGUUUACGCUGAAUAAAGAUGCUUGGAUUGGUGGAUGAUUUUGGUGGUUGAGAGAUGCGUGUCAGCGGAGGAAGGCUGCCUGGUAUAUUGAGCGUUGAUUUGAGCGGCGAUGGCUUGCCAAACUGGAUCUUGUCUGCAUCCUGCUUGUCCAUCGAGGCAUUUGGUAGCGCGGUCAGUUCGUC